AGGGUUCUGGUAAGUUGGUAAGCUGGCAGCGUUGAACGUGAAACUCUUUUGGCAGCGAAAAGACCCUGAUACUUUUGUACCUUUUCUUUCUUUUAUCUAGUAUUAAUUAAGAUUACUCCUUUACAGUUAUGACUAGGGAUAUUAAAAACCAUCUUCUCUUUGAAGUGGCCACCGAGGUGGCCAACAAGGUGGGAGGGAUAUACUCUGUUCUUAAAUCGAAGGCGCCAAUAACUGUUGCUGAAUACCGGGAGCGGUAUACCUUGCUUGGUCCUUUGAAUUAUAAUUCUGCUCAAAUCGAGGUUGAAGAAUUACCGGUGAAAGACACAUACAUUAAGCAAACCUUGGAGUCGAUGAGUAACCGCGGGGUUCGUUGGUUGUACGGAAGAUGGUUAAUCGAGGGUGCUCCUCGAGUAUUGUUGUUUGAUAUUCAUUCUGCCGCUCAUAAUUUGAAUGAAUGGAAGGCUGAUUUGUGGAACAUUGCCGGGAUUCCUACUCCUGAUCAUGAUCAGGAGACCAACGAUGCCAUUUUGUUGGGGUAUUUGGUUGCCUGGUUUUUGGGUGAAUUGGUUUAUCAUGAUCGAGAACGGGCGGUUAUUACUCAAUGCCAUGAAUGGUUGGCUGGGGUGGCUUUACCCUUAUGUCGUAAAAGAAGAAUUGAUGUAACCACCAUUUUCACCACUCACGCCACUUUAUUGGGUCGUUAUUUAUGUGCUGGUUCCACGGAUUUUUAUAAUAAUUUGGCAAAUUUUGAUGUUGAUGCUGAAGCUGGUAAAAGAGGUAUUUAUCAUCGUUAUUGUAUAGAACGUUCUGCCACUCAUUCGGCCGAUGUGUUCACUACGGUUUCUCAUAUCACCGCUUACGAAGCUGAGCAUUUAUUGAAGCGUAAGCCCGACGGGGUUUUGCCAAAUGGUUUGAAUGUGGUUAAAUUUCAAGCAGUUCACGAAUUUCAAAACUUACAUGCUACUAAGAAGGAAAAAAUUAAUGAAUUCGUUAAAGGUCAUUUCUACGGGAACUAUGAUUUUGAUUUAGAAAAUACCUUGUAUUUCUUCAUUGCUGGUCGUUAUGAAUUCAGAAACAAAGGUUGUGAUUUUUUCAUCGAGUCUUUAGCUAGAUUGAAUCAUCGUUUGAAGGAAGCCGGUUCGAAAAUGACUGUGGUUGCCUUUAUUAUUAUGCCCGGUAAAAUUAAUUCUUACACGGUUGAAACUUUAAAAGGUCAAGCUGUUAUCAAACAAUUAGAAAAUACCAUUGAAGAAGUUCAAAAAAAAGUCAGUCAACGUUUAUUUGAACAUUGUGCUAGAUUUCCGAAUGAUCACACUCAUACCAAUAAUGGUAAUGAAGUUCCUUCUAUUGAUGAAUUGAUUAAACCGGCAGACCGUGUUUUAUUGAAAAGAAGAAUUUUUGCCUUGAAAAGAGACGGUUUACCUCCAAUUGUAACUCAUAAUAUGACUGAUGAUGCUACUGAUCCAGUCUUAAAUCAAAUUAGAAGAGUUCAAUUAUUCAAUAAACCCGAAGAUCGGGUUAAAAUCAUUUUCCAUCCAGAAUUCUUAAACGCUAAUAAUCCAAUUUUAUCUCUUGAUUAUGAUGAAUUCGUAAGAGGUUGUCAUUUAGGGGUUUUCCCCUCUUAUUAUGAACCUUGGGGCUACACUCCUGCUGAAUGUACCGUGAUGGGGGUUCCUUCAAUCACAACUAAUUUAUCUGGAUUUGGUUGUUAUAUGGAAGAUUUAAUUGAAAAUACUAGUGAUUAUGGUAUUUAUAUCGUUGAUCGUCGUAUGAAAUCAGUAGAUGAUUCCAUUAAUCAAUUAGCCGAUUACAUGUUUGAUUUUACAGAAAAAACUAGAAGACAAAGAAUUAAUCAACGUAAUCGUACCGAAAGAUUGUCAGAUUUAUUGGAUUGGAAACGUAUGGGUCUCGAAUACAUUAAAGCUCGUCAAUUGUCUUUGAAAAGAGCUUAUCCUGAUAAAUUCAAAAAUGGUGCUAAUCCUUUCAACAAUACUUCCAGCUUAAAAUUAACUAGACCUUUAUCGGUUCCGGGAUCUCCUCGUAGUAAAGUUGGAUUGAUGACUCCUGGUGAUUUGGGCUCUCUUCAAGAAGCUCAACAAUCCUUAAACACCGAUGACUAUAUCGGCUUCAGCUUGGGUGAGGAUGACGAUGAAAAUGAUGAGCAUUAUCCUUUGACCUUGAGAGGUUCCUCUGCUCCUCCUCCGGAUCCAGAAGAAAUCGAAAAUGAUUCCUGAUUGACUGGUUACUCGGAUUUACUUGAAUCGUUGAUAUUAUUUUAUUUUCCCGCUUUUGUUUUUGUUUCUGCAUAGUUACAGUACAGCAUUAUCUGCAUUAUCUGUUUCUUAUCAUACUUAAUUCAUUCUAAUCUUGUCAUGUUAUCAUAUGUAAUAUAUAUCAUACUGUC